AUGUUUGAGAGAACAGCUAAUUUAGUCAACAAUCAGAUAAUAAACUAUAAAUGUGACCCUUCGGAGAAGUGGUUGGUUUUGAUUGGAAUUUCCCCUGGUGCACCUGAGAGGCCACAAUUGGUCAAGGGGAACAUGCAACUUUUCUCUGUUAAUCAGCAGCGUAGUCAAGCUCUUGAAGCACAUGCUGCUUCUUUUGCACAAUUUAAGGUUCCAGGAAACGAGAAUCCUUCCAUUCUUAUUUCUUUUGCUACCAAGAGUUUUAAUGCUGGCCAGAUUGUGUCAAAGUUGCACAUAAUUGAGCUUGGUGCUCAGCCAGGUAGGCCAUCAUUUUCAAAGAAACAGGCAGAUCUAUUCUUCCCACCAGAUUUUCAAGAUGAUUUUCCAGUUGCAAUGCAGAUAUCACACAUAUAUAGUUUAAUCUAUGUUAUCACCAAGCUGGGGCUGCUGUUUGUUUAUGAUCUAGAGACAGCAAGUGCCGUAUACAGAAAUAGAAUCAGCCCAGACCCAAUAUUUUUAACCUCUGAAGCUUCAGCGGCAGGAGGGUUUUAUGCCAUCAACAGGCGAGGUCAGCUGAACAAUUUGGAGCUUGCUGUCAAUCUGGCUAAAAGAGGAAACCUUCCCGGUGCAGAGAACCUGAGUGUACCUGUGCAAGCUGGGCAGACUCCACCAUUGUUGCAGUAUUUUGGUACACUUUUAACAAAAGGGAAGCUUAAUGCAUUUGAGUCAUUGGAAUUAUCUCGACUAGUGGUAAACCAAAACAAGAAGAAUCUUCUGGAGAAUUGGCUGGCUGAAGAUAAAUUGGAAUGUAGUGAGGAACUUGGUGACCUUGUGAAGACUGUGGAUAAUGAUCUUGCACUGAAAAUAUAUGUUAAAGCUAGGGCAACUCCUAAAGUUGUUGCAGCUUUUGCAGAACGAAGGGAGUUUGACAAAAUCUUGAUAUACUCAAAGCAGGUUGGGUACUCUCCUGACUAUCUGUUCCUUCUGCAAACAUUCUUCGUACAGAUCCACAGACAAAGGGGUUAUAACUUGUUUUACUUGCAGGGAGCUGUUAAUUUUGCAUUGAUGAUGUCUCAAAUGGAGGGAGGCUGUCCGGUUGAUUACAACACUAUUACUGACCUUUUCUUCAGGUCUGAUAGGAACUUGAUACGAGAGGCUACUGCAUUUUUUAGAUGUUUUGAAGCCAAAUCUGCCAGAGCAUGCUUUUACAGACAAAGGUUAUUUCUUGAUAUGCUGGUUUUGGAAAUCAAUUUAGUGACUUUUCCUAAUGUUGCCGAUGCCAUUUUAGCAAAUGGAAUGUUCAGUCAUUAUGAUCGCCCUCGAAUUGCACAACUUUGUGAGAAAGCUGGUCUCUAUGUGCGAGCUCUGCAGCAUUACUCUGAGUUGCCAGAUAUUAAACGUGUCAUCGUGAAUACACAUGCUAUUGAGCCACAGGCACUUGUUGAAUUUUUCGGCACUCUUUCACGAGAAUGGGCUUUGGAGUGCAUGAAGGACCUUCUGCUGGUUAAUCUAAGGGGAAACCUUCAAAUCGUUCAGGAGGUUGAGCGCGUAACCAGGGAAUCAAACUUUUAUGAUGCUGAAAAGACAAAGAACUUCCUGAUGGAAGCCAAGCUUCCUGAUGCCAGACCCUUGAUUAAUGUUUGUGAUCGAUUUGGGUUUGUCCCUGAUCUCACUCACUACCUCUACACAAACAACAUGAUCCGUUACAUUGAAGGUUAUGUUCAGAAGGUGAACCCUGGGAAUGCUCCUUUGGUAGUGGGACAGUUACUAGACGAUGAAUGCCCUGAAGAUUUUAUUAAAGGUCUCAUUCUCUCAGUACGUUCUUUGCUACCAGUUGAUCCCUUGUGGAUGAAUGCGAGAAGAGAGCACUUCCUCACAACCAACCCUUACUAUGAUUCCCGGGUCGUUGGUAAGUACUGUGAGAAACGUGAUCCCACCUUGGCAGUUGUGGCUUACCGAAGAGGACAAUGUGAUGACGAACUUAUCGAUGUCACAAAUAAGAACUCGUUGUUCAAAUUGCAGGCCAGGUAUGUUGUAGAGAGGAUGGAUGCUGAUCUUUGGGACAAGGUUCUAAAUCCUGAAAAUGAAUAUAGAAGACAUCUAAUUGAUCAGGUUGUGUCGACUGCUUUGCCAGAGAGCAAAAGUCCAGAACAAGUGUCUGCUGCUGUUAAAGCCUUCAUGACUGCUGACUUGCCCCAUGAACUGAUUGAGCUUCUUGAGAAGAUAGUGCUCCAAAAACUCUGCAUUCAGUGGGAACUUCAAUCUGCAAAAUCUACUUAUUUGACAGCUAUCAAGGCAGAUCCAUCCAGAGCUGUCGAUGUUUUAUUGGAUAACAUUAGAAGUAUUGAUCGAGCCGUGGAAUUUGCUUUCCGAGUUGAAGAUGCUGUUUGGAGUCAGGUGGCAAAGGCACAACUAAGGGAAGGUCUGGUGAGCGAUGCAAUUGAGUCAUUUAUUCGUGCAGAUGAUGCUACUCACUUCUUUGAGGUUAUCCGAGCUUCUGAGGAUGCUAAUGUCUACCCUGAUCUGGUGAGGUACCUUCUGAUGGUCAGGGAGAAGGUCAAGGAGCCCAAGGUGGACAGUGAACUCAUAUAUGCAUAUGCAAAGAUUGAUAGACUGGGUGAAAUUGAAGAAUUCAUUCUCAUGCCAAAUGUGGCUAAUCUUCAAAUGUUGGGUGCUGUUGAUGCAGCACGGAAAGCAAACAGUGCCAAGACAUGGAAGGAAGUUUGCUUUGCUUGUGGAUUGGAAGAAGUCAGUGAAUACUAUCAGAAUAGAGGAUGCUUCAAUGAGUUAAUCUCUCUCAUGGAGAGUGGUUUAGGAUUGGAACGUGCACAUAUGGUUCAAAGAUAUUCGUCAAAGUUGCUAGUGUUGAGCUAUUACAAGGCUGUCCACUUCUACUUGCAAGAACAUCCUGAUCUCAUCAAUGAUAUGCUCAAUGUGCUGGCUCUUCGUGUGGAUCACACUCGUGUUGUUGAUAUCAUGAGAAAGGCUGGCCAUCUAUGCCUUGUGAAGCCAUACAUGGUUGCUGUUCAGAGCAACAAUGUGUCGGCAGUAAAUGAGGCAUUGAAUGAUAUUUAUGUUGAGGAAGAAGAUUACGAUAGAUUGAGAGAAUCUAUUGAUUUGCAUGAUAAUUUUGAUCAGAUGGACUUGCACAAAAGGCAGGUAGAUGGAAGCAGUCCAUUGCCUUGUCAAAGAAGGACAAACAUUCGAGAUGCAAUGGAAACAGCUUCACAGUCUGGUGAACGUGAACUUGCCGAGGAGUUGCUUGUUUAUUUCAUUGAUCAGGGCAAGAAGGAAUGCUUCACAUCGUGCCUCUUUGUCUGUUAUGACUUAAUUCGACCAGAUGUUCUUGAGCUUGCCUGGAUUAACAACAUGAUCGACUUCGCAUUCCCGUAUCUGCUGCAGUUUAUCCGCGAAUAUACUUGCAAAGUUGAUGAACUUAUCAAGGACAAGAUUGAAGCUCAAAAGAAAUAUGUUGCUCAGCUGCUACCUCUUGCAUUGCCCGCACCGCCAAUGCCAGGUAUGGGAGGACCAACGAUGGGUGGUGGAUUUGCACCUCCCCACCACCCAUGGGAGGAAUGGGAAUGGGAAUGGAAUGCCUCGAUGCCACCUUACGGGAUGCCGCCAAUGGGAAGCAGUUAUUAA